AUGCCGUCAAAGUCGAUAUUUCGCCAACCAGGCGCAAAACAUUUUCAACUCGUCCAUCGCUCUCAGCGAGAUCCCCUUAUAAACGAUCCAGAUGCGAGUGAUCGUGUAUUAAAGCCUUUCGAACGUGAAAACUCGAAAAAAGGAAAAUCUCGAGCUGAUCUCGAAAAUGUUCUAUCUCCCGAAGACAUUGUGGACGCCAGAGGAAACAUCGGAGAAGCCAGUCUCUAUGGAGUUUAUUUUGAUGAUACAGAAUAUGACUACAUGCGCCACCUUCGGACAGUCGGUGUACAAGAGGACGGUGUAGAAAGCGUUCUCAUUGAGGCCCCUUCAACAUCCACACAAAAAUCUAAAAAUCGCCGAAAAAACGGUGUCGAGAUGCUGGAUCUUCCUGAAGGUGUUCUUGCAUCGACAUCUGAAUUACCUAGAACAUAUGAAUCGCAACAGGCGGUCCCUGCAAGCAUAUCUGGAUUUCAGCCAGACAUGGAUGCCCAUCUUCGUCAAGUCCUUGAGGCCUUGGAGGAUGAUGCAUUCGUAGAUGAUGAUUUGAACGACGAUUUUUUCGGUGAAUUGGUAGCCGAUGGAGAAAGAGCAAGCGAUGAAGAGGUUGAUUUUGAUUUCACGGAAGAAACUGAGAAUGCGGCUCAAUCAGAGCCCGAUGGAGAGGAACAGAUUAGUUGGGAACAACGAUUCGCAAACUUCAAAAAAACUCAGUCGGCUCCCCCUAGAAGUGAUGAUGGAUAUGAUUCUGAAGGAGGCGAUACCGUUGGCACAUUGCCUGCGAUAUCUGUCAUCGGUGGAAAGGGGAAAAAAAGAAGGAAGGGCACCAGUGAGGCUUCUGGAUACAGUAUGAGCAGUUCAUCUAUGUUCCGAAACGAAGCUCUCCAAACCCUCGACGAACGGUUUGAUCAGAUGAUUUUGAAGCAGUAUAAUGAAGAUGAAGAGGAAGAAUACCAAACUGGAUCAAACGAUGAGAACGACUCUGACGAAGCCCCCGAAUUGAUUACUUCUCGUGAAGAUUUUGAUUCCAUGGUUAACACUUUUUUGAACGACUUCGAGAUUUUGGGCCGUAAGAUGAAACCCAAGAUGGAGGGCGAAAAUGGUGUUGAUAAGCUCGAUGUCCUACGCCGUGCGCUAGGGCAAGAUGAGCGUGUCCGGAUAAUGGAUGGGGAAGAAGCAGAAGUCGAUGAUGCAGAACUGGAUGCUCAACUUUUUCCUGAGGAUGACAAAAAAGACAGAUGGGAUUGCGAAACUAUUCUCACCACUUACACCAACCUUGAAAAUCAUCCCCGCCUCAUUCGUGCUCGUGAUAUGACUCCUGGACCAAAAAUUGUUCUUGAUCGAAAGACCGGCAUGCCCUCUGUUUUGAAAACUGCUGAAAGUAAGAAAUUAAACUCCAAAACGACUAGAGUCUCCUUUGGUCCAUCCACGGAUGAAAGUAAUGAUACUGAAUCUGACGAAGGCACUGUCCGACGGUCAGCUGCUGUAGGCAGGCCCCGCGAUGAAACCAAGGAGGAGAAGAAAGCCAGAAAAGCCGCAAUAAAGGCUGAACGGCAGACCAGAAGAGCCGAGAAAAAAUCAACGAAGGAACAAUUUGGGGCAGAAGUCAAAGAUCAGAAAAAGAGAAUUGUGAAUAAAGAACUUAGAUUAAAGAAACUGUAG